ACAACAACAUCAACAACACGAGAUCGACAUUGGAUCACUGAGAGAGAGUUUGUAGGAGAUGGCUUUAGGAAGAGGAGGCUCAAUGUGGCUUUCUUUGGCUGUUGUCUUGUGCAUGAGCUUAGCAGGCUCGGCUUCUGAGAUCAAAGUAGGGUUCUACUCGGAUAGUUGCCCUAAAGCUGAGGAUAUUGUGAAGGAGGAGCUCGACAAGGCUUUUAAGGCCAAUGCUGGCAUUGGUGCUGACUUCCUUCGGUUGCACUUUCAUGACUGCUUCGUCCGAGGUUGCGAAGCUUCGAUUCUAGUUGACUCAACAAAGGGCAACAUUGCAGAGAAAGAUGCACCACCAAACGAAACCUUUGAGGAUGAAGUAUUUGAUGGGAUCGAUUCUAUCAAAAAACGUUUGGAAGCUGCCUGCAAAAGAACAGUCUCUUGCGCUGACAUCAUUGCCUUCGCGGCUAGAGACAGUAUUGUGCAUUAUGGAGGAAAGUACUACAGUGUGCCAUCAGGUAGAAAAGAUGGAAGAAAGUCGAUAGCAAAAGAAACAGUGGAUCUCCCUCCUCCAACAUUCAACCUCACUCAACUCACUACCUUGUUUUAUAGCAAAGGUCUAAACAGAGAUGACCUAGUAACUCUCUCAGGAGCGCACACCAUUGGCGUCGCACAUUGUCCUGCUUUUGCAGAUAGGCUUUACAACUACAGUGGAACUUUAAAAGGUGAUCCAAGUUUGGACUCCGGAUAUGCUAAAAAGUUGAAGCGGGAAUGCCCUCCAGGGAACACGGUCACUGAAGUGGAUAUGGACCCACAAAGUCCCCUCACCUUUGACUCUAGCUUCUAUAAGGCUGUCACAACGCACCGCGGUCUCUUCACCUCAGACCAGAGUUUGAUGUCAACAGAUGAAACUUCUAACAAGGUGUCUCAAUAUGCAAAAAACCCCAACUUGUUUAAGAAGAAGUUUGCCGCAUCCAUGGUGAAGAUGGGUAAGAUUGGUGUGCUCACAGGGAAACAAGGAACUGUACGAGCCAAUUGCAGAGUUAUCAAUUACUCUUGAUGAAUUUUUGAUAUUCCUUCUUAUAAUUCCUUAGUUACAAGCAUACCUUCUAAGGUAUGGCCAUGGAGAAUAAUGAGUGUUAUGCAUGUGAGAAUUAAUGUGCUUUCAUUUGUUUGAUUGUAACCAUAUGUUUUAUUUUAAUUUAAUGAUGAAUAAGAUUGCUAUUGUUAACA